AGAGCUAUUAUUCAAUCCGCUUCUGUAACAGCACCUUGGGCAACUGUACCACGUGAUGUGGCACUGGCACGUGCAGUUGUACUCUACAAUAAAAUGGAAUGUGGUAACAUGAGCCUGCAGAAUCCCGAUUAUGACAAGAUUCUCGAAUGCUUCCUACGAGCCAACGCAAGCCUUUUGAGGUAA